AAGAAAAUUAGUAGCAGAUAUUUUGGCCCGGUAAAACUAUAAGGCGAAGUGAGUGAGGCGUAGCCACUGCAGUUCCGACGCAUUGAAAUAAAUUUCUUCGAUCAUCAUAACCUAUUUAAGUUGCAUCAAACCUCUUAUCGCUUCGUUUCCAUUUUCUGAUUCCUUUCGCUGUACGCGAAUCUAGCCCUAAAUCCUUCAAUCACUUUCUCCGCUUCCGUCGUUAUUCACAUGGAUCCUUAUUCUGAAGACUUGCCUCAUUACAUUCAUAUCAAUCAGAAUGAAUUUUAUAUGCGAAGGCAUAAGAAACAGAAGGAGGAGGAUAUUGCUAUAUGUGAAUGUAGGUACGAUGAAGAUGACCCUGACAGUGCCUGUGGAGAUGGGUGUCUAAAUGUAUUAACCAGUACUGAAUGCACCCCUGGUCAUUGCCCUUGCGAUACCCUUUGUAAAAAUCAGAAAUUUCAGAAGUGUGAAUAUGCAAAAACAAAGUUAUUUAAAACUGAAGGCCGGGGCUGGGGUCUUUUGGCUGAUGAGGAAAUUAAGGAAGGACAGUUUAUCAUUGAAUACUGCGGAGAAGUAAUAUCAUGCAAAGAAGCCAAACGCAGAUCCCAUGCUUAUGAAAUUCAAGGUCUCAAGGAUGCAUUUAUCAUUAGUCUUAAUGCGUCUGAAUCCAUUGAUGCAAGUAGAAAAGGAAGCAUCGCCAGAUUUAUCAAUCAUUCCUGUCAACCAAAUUGUGAGACAAGAAAAUGGAAUGUCUUGGGGGAAAUAAGAGUUGGAAUAUUUGCAAAGCAUGAUAUUCCUAUUGGAACUGAAUUGGCAUAUGACUAUAAUUUUGAAUGGUUUGGAGGUGCAAAGGUUCGCUGCCUCUGUGGUGCGCUAAAAUGUUCUGGAUUCCUUGGAGCAAAGUCUCGUGGUUUUCAAGAGGAUACUUAUCUAUGGGAAGAUGAUGAUGACAGAUACUCAAUUGAGAAAAUUCCUUUAUAUGACUCGGCGGAGGAUGAACUGACGUCAAAUGUUGAUGGACAAAGUGAACAAUCCAUGGCUAUUGUACUUAAAUCUGAAGAACUAUCAGACUCCACUGUUUUAGAUAUUCAACCACUCAAUUCUUCAAUUGAGAUCAAGGAUUUAGGUAUUGGAAAAAUGAAAACUGAAAUAGUAAGCGAGGACAUGAAGUUGUACUCCCAAGAUACCGAAGAGGACCUUUCACAAAAGAAUGCAAUGAUAUCACGCAUUCGAAGUAACACUGCAGGAAGAAACUAUCGCAUUGGACCUAGGUCUGCCAAAAGAUCAAAGGCAGGGGGAAGGUUUAAAAAACGCAUACAGAAGAAAAUUGAUGCAAAGUAUGCAGCUAGCCUCUUAGCAUCAAAGGUAGCACAAGAGGAGAUCUUAGAUUAUGAGAAAAGGAAAGACGAUGCCACAGAAGCCCUUGAUUCUUUAUACAAUGAAAUACGGCCUGCCAUCGAAGAACACGAGAGGGACACACAAGACAGCGUAUCUACAACAGUAGCAGAGAAGUGGAUACAAGCUUGCUGCCUAAAACUGAAGGCGGAGUUUGAUCUUUACUCGUCAAUUGUUAGAAAUGUUGGCUGUAAUACCCAAAGGGCACCCCGCCAAGCAAAACCUACCGAAGCAGACAACGAAAACAAAAUUAAGUUGUUGACAGAUUGACAUUCCAAUCACAUUCACCCUCACCCUCAUCUAAUCUAAUCUAAUCUGUAACUGAUGAUUCACAGAAUAUAUUGGCAACUUUGAGAAACAUCGUUUUUGAAAUUCUUAAUAGAAAUAAUCUAGGACUUGAUGAAGAAAUCCAUAAUCUGUGUCUAUUAUUUUGCCAUGUUAUGCUGUCUACAACAAAUUCAUUUACCGUGAUGAAAUUCAUUGUGAGUGAGCAACACAUGUUUCACAAAGGAAAUUCAGUCAUUGACUCCAACAACACAUUCCCUCUAAAGUCAACUAGUACCAACCAAUAACAGAUCAUAGUUACUCCAGCUCAGCAUUCCAAAGUUAAACAAUAUGAAGUGUUGGGCACGUGCCCAAGUAAGAGUUUCUCACAAAAGAAACAUAGCAGAGUAUGAAUGAUUUAGUCAAGAUAUAGAAACAAAACACGUUGACUAGUCUAGUCAACUCUCCCACAAACAUCACCUUCCUCGAAAUUACACCUUUUUAUUAACACCAUUCAAUUCUAUUCCAUUUCAUUCCCUUUUCUCCUUCUCUCUCAAUCAUUUCACUCUUUCUAUUCUUAUGGAACACGGCUUCCAAGCCAUCUUGGCUGCAAUCGCCAGCUUCAUCGUCGUCACAGUCAUAUUCGCCGUCAUCAUUCUCAUCUGUCAGUACCGGAAAGCCGUUCAAAUCCGCCGUAACAACCAGAUCCGAACCCGACCACUUCGAAACACAAACCAUUACCCAACCAGUUCCAAUUCCUUCCUGGCGGUGGACGCUAGCUGGUCAUGGGAUCCCAAUCUCAAAAUCUCCAUGGAAGAACUCUCCCGUGCUACAGAUAACUUCUCCCCGCUCCGCAUCGUCGGUGAUGGAAGUUUCGGUAUGGUUUACAAAGCUCAACUCUCCACCGGCGUCUUCGUCGCCGUGAAAAAACUCUCCCCCGACGCCUUCCAAGGAUUUCGCGAAUUCGCGGCGGAGAUGGAGACACUAAGCAAGCUUUUCCACCGUAACAUCGUUAAAAUCCUCGGUUAUUGGGCUUCUGGACCUGAACGGUUACUCGUUUACGAGUAUAUCGAAAAAGGAAACCUCGAUCAAUGGCUUCACGAACCUUCUUCUCCGACGCAACCAAACGACGACGUUUUGUCCACUGAUAUUAUUCGUUCUCCUUUGUCUUGGGAAACAAGAGUCAACAUAAUUCGUGGUGUUGCUCAUGGGCUUUGUUAUUUACAUGGGCUUCAGAAGCCCAUUAUUCAUAGAGAUAUCAAAGCUAGCAAUGUCUUAUUGGACUCUGAAUUUCAGGCCCAUAUUGCUGAUUUUGGGCUCGCACGUAGGAUGGAUAAAUCGCAUUCGCAUGUGUCAACGCAGGUCGCGGGUACUAUCGGUUACAUGCCACCGGAGUAUCGAGAUGGGUCUAAUGUAGCAAACCAGAAAGUUGAUGUUUAUAGUUUUGGAGUCUUGAUGAUCGAAACUGUAUCGGGCCAUAGGCCCAAUUUGGCUGUGAAAUUGGAGGGAAAUGAUAUUGGGCUUGUUAAUUGGGCCAGGAAGAUGAAGGAAAGGAACACUGAGAUGGAGAUGCUAGAUGUAAAUAUUCCAAGAGAAGGGUUGAAGGAGGAGAGUGUUAGGGAGUAUGUACACAUUGCUUGUAUGUGCACUGGUGAGUUACAGAAAGAUAGGCCUGAAAUGCCAGAGGUUGUCAAAUUAUUGGACUCAAUGCCCCUAUGAAGGAUGAUUUAUUGAGUUCACAAUUUCGAAUUUAUCAUCAGAUACAUGUAAAUAGAUAGAUACAUUCAGAGGAAAUGCUAUGGCUAGUAGCAUCAGAUUGAUGUAAUUAAAUUGUAUUGCUCUAAAAUUAAUUAUAUAUAUUAGUUUUUAUUCGGUUGA